UAAAGGAUUACUUAAAGGCCUAUUACUUGCGUUUAAGGUAUGUUCAAAGUAUAAUAUGGGUUAACUUUACUGUAGUGUCUCAAUUAUUUUGUGGGCAGGGUGCCAAACUGCCAGCAAUAGUUCGAACCAAUCUUCCUCGCCAUCCUUGCAUCGGAAACGCAGCAGCCUUACGAGCUUAUGACGCAGCGUGAUCGAGGUACACGGUGCUUGUUUGGUUGCAGCUCGCGAUAUUGAAGCUCCUGUUUGGUCAUAACAGAAGUUCAAUUUUGGGAAGUGGUCUUUCAACACGCUGGUCGGGGUUCAAGCUCACAUAUCACCAACGACAUCAUCACUCACGGACAAGUUCAGUUUCACCAAACAGCAGCCAAGACACAACAUACUCUUGAUACCACCUAUUCCCAUUCUUGAAGACCGAUUAUAUACCCACCACGCGAUCUCAAAAACUGAGAUCAUUUCCAUCCAACGCAAGAGCAACAAUUAGAAGCUAAAGACCUCUCUGGCGACCAAUGAUGCCCACCUCCCUUAACAACGCCAAACACGAAGAAGCGGUUGACGCCUCCUGGGCCGCGACACGGGGUGCGGUCUCUGGCGCGCUGAAAUGGGGGGUUGCGACGGCGGUGCUGGGCGGGUUGGGAUAUGCUUUCUCGCCAGUGUACAGGGGUUUGACUAUUCAGUUCAAGGUGUACAUCCAAAUGUCGGGCAUGGUCCUAGGCAGCAUGCUCGAAGCGGAUGCUAGGCUGAGGGAGUAUGAAGCCCAAAUGAGGCUGCGGAGGAGGCUGAUGAAGGAGCAGGCCAUGUGGGCUAGUUUUGAGGAGAGGUAUGGGAAGGAGGAGGAAGAUGAUUGAUUUUUUCGGGGG